ACCGAGAGAACAAGAAUCGAGCGCGAAGAAAUCAAAUUGGUUUACAAUAGCUCGUGAAAAAUAUAUUGGAUAUUGGAAAACUGUUAGCGGUAAUUUAUCCGUGGACGUUACAUCGACAUUAGCUUAUGAGAUGCGGGCCAUCUUCUGUUUAGUAUGUAUCUUUUUUCUCGUGCUAGAUGAAAUUCAUGGAGCUGAACUUCCUAAAGGAGUCCCUUUGUCCAGAUCUUCGUUCUACCAAGUUGGGAAACCUUUUACCUGCUUAGAUGGCUCUUCGGCUAUAUCAUGGUGGAAAGUCAAUGAUGACUACUGUGAUUGCCGCGAUGGAUCGGAUGAACCGGGUACAUCUGCAUGUCUUAACGGCCGUUUUUUCUGUCGCGAUAUGCAGUAUAGACCUGUGUAUCUUCCUUCUGCUUACGUCAACGACACUAUUUGUGAUUGUUGUGACGGUGGUGAUGAAUAUCAAAGUUCUACUCUUUGUCCAUCCACUUGUGGUGCUUUGGCUGCAUCAUUACGUGAAGCGCAAUCCAUUAAACGUAAUGAAAUUGAACAAGGACAUAAGAUUUUCAAAGAAUACGUUGAAAAUUUAAAAGAACGUAAAGCUAAAGGACUAUUUAAAGAACAACAUGAUUAUGAUGAAACACAUAAACUAGCGGAAUAUGAUAUUCAUAGUGAUGACAGCAGCAGUAGUAGUGGUAGUUCUAAUGAUAACCGCAAUAAUGAAGAAAGUACCCAAGUGCAUGAUGAAAGUGUCAAUAGUCAUUUACCAGUUGAUAAGGUGGAUGAACAACUACAACAACAACAAACAUUCAAUGCACCAUCUUCAUCAUCUAUGGAUUCAAAUCAACAAUCGGCUACACAUGAUGAUAAUAAUCAUGAUGACAAUCAGUUGGUUGGAGAACAUGAUCAAUCUUCUUCAAGUGGUACAGAGUAUCAUGAGAAACAAUCUUAUGACAAUGAUGCAAGUCGUGGUGAUAAUGAUGAUAGGAAUGACAACAGUCAACAAGAUGAUCAUGAUGAAUCAAACACUGUCAAUGCAGAUAAACAACUUCAUGAUGACGAAUCAUCACAUCAUGAAAACAUCGUAACGCCAUCGAUCGAUGAAAAAUUUGUUCAUACAAAUAAACCAACUCCAAUUCCAAUUGAUUAUGGACCAGAAGAAGGUUUUCGUAUGUUAACUGAAUUACAAGAAUCCAAUGGUUGUUUAGAACUGAAUGAUCGAGAAUACACUUAUAGUUUAUGUCCAUUUAAAUCGAUACAUCAAAGAUCAAUUGGUUCAUCCAGUACAGAUUUUGGUACAUGUAUAGGUCGUUGGGGUCGUUGGUUAGAAUCGGAUGAAUUAGAAAAAACUUAUAAAAUUAUGUAUUAUGACAAUGGUUUACCAUGUUGGAAUGGACCGACAAGAUCAACAAAAGUGUUUGUUCAUUGUGGUGACAAAAAUCAAUUGACUUCUGUGAGUGAACCAUCACGUUGUGAAUAUGUCAUGCAAUUGAUUACACCGGCUGCAUGUAAUGAAGAUCCAGAUGAAUUAUUUAAAAAAUUACAUCCUGAAUUGUAAAUUGCACUAAAUUUUUUUUCUAUGUCUUUUUUUCUAUGUGUAAUAAAAUCUUUAUUCUUUUUUU